AUGGCCUUUCAAAUUGUGCUUACUGAUGCUGAGAAUCGACAGGUGAAGGAGAACACUGUGAGAGUUUGGUUGGCAAAGCUCAAAGACGUGUCCUAUGACAUAGAUGAUGUGUUGGACGAGUGGAACACGAAGCUUCAAAUUUUAAGAAUUAAGAAAGCUAAAGAUGCUUCUAAGCCUCUAAAAAAGGCAUGUUCACUCAUUCUUUACUAUCUUAGUUGUAGGCCAUCGGUUCUGCAUUAUGAUAUUGCUCUCAAGAUGAAAGAUCUUGAUAGGAAAUUAGAUAUUAUUGCUACUGAGAAAGAGAGAUUCCAAUUUAGAUCAAUCACUGAGAGUAGCAAAGAAGUACAACGACCAAUGACAACCUCUAUUAUUGAUUUAACACAGAUUUAUGGAAGAGAUGAUGACAAGAAUACAAUAAUAGAUUUUUUGCUUACUCAGAGUAGUCAUGCACAAGACCUCCAAAUUAUCUCUAUGGUAGAGAUGGGAGGAAUUGGUAAGACUACUCUUGCUCAAUUAGUAUAUAACGAUGAUCAGGAUUAUAAGAUAAAGAGAGAACAAUUGAUUAGGUUAUGGAUGACUCAAGGUUAUGUCGAGUCAAAACCAAAUAAGGAUAUGGACUUAGUUGGUGAAGAGUUGCCAUCCCUUGAAAUUCUUGUGAUAGAUGGAAUGAAGAGCCUGAAAAGAGUGGGUAAUGAGCUUUUGGGAAUAGAGAGUGAUGCCACGUCAUCAUCUACAUCAAUUAUUGCGUUUCCCAAACUGAAAUCACUUUGGUUCUGGGAGAUGGAAGAAUGGAGAGAGUGGAAUUACGACAUCUCUUUAGAACCUGCAAAUUCUAUACUGCCCUGA